AUGGAGGAGAUACCUAUCCUAGGCCUGGGCACCUGGAAGGCGGUUCCAGGGGAGGUAACAGAGGCUGUAAAAGUGGCGAUAGACGUGGGCUACUGCCACGUGGACUGUGCGUACGUGUACCACAACGAGAAUGAGGUCGGAGUGGGAGUCCAGUCCAAGAUCAAGGAGGGCGUGGUGAGACGGGAGAACCUAUUUAUUGUCAGCAAGCUCUGGUGCACCUGCCAUAAGAAGCCCCUGGUGAAAACAGCCUGCACCCGGAGUCUGAAGGCCUUGAAACUGGACUACUUGGACCUCUACCUCAUGCACUGGCCCAUGGGCUUCAAGUCCGGAGAGGCAGACUUGCCCAUGGACCACAACGGCAUGAUCAUCCCUAGUAACACGGACUUCCUGGACACGUGGGAGGCCAUGGAGAACCUGGUGGCCACAGGCCUGGUCAGAGCCAUCGGGGUGUCAAACUUCAACCACGAGCAGCUCGAGAGAAUUCUGAAUAAACCCAACCUGAGGUUCAAGCCAGUGACCAACCAGAUCGAGUGCCACCCGUAUCUCACUCAGAAGAACUUGAUCAGUUUCUGCCAAUCAAGAAACGUGUCUGUGACGGCUUACCUGCCCCUCGGUGGCUGCAGUGGGGGGAUGCACCUGAUGGAAGACCCUACGAUCCAGACGAUCGCUCAGAAGCACAGGAAGUCCGCAGCCCAGGUGUUUGAUUUUGAAUUAUCAGAAGAGGAUAUGACUGACCUCCUCGGCCUGGACAGGAAUCUCCGUUUGGCCACGUUCCCCAUUACUGAAAAUCACAAGGACUAUCCCUUCAGAACAGAGUUCUGA